CUAGCAGCCAUGUUUUUGCGGGAGUAAAAUCAGAAUGUGAUUCCUGUGGGGAGGGAGGUCGCCUAAUGUUAGCUCUCUUGUACGCCAAAUGAUUUUGUUUUGACUCCUCUAUUCAUAUCACUCGGUUAACGUCUACAAACAUGUCGGAAGAAAUCGACGAAACGCUGACUGGAGAGACGGUGGUCGAGGAGCAGAAAACAGCCGCUCCGGAGAAAGCAGAAGAAGCUAAACUGAAGGCUAGAUAUCCUCACCUGGGGGCCAAGCCAGGAGGCUCGGACUUCCUCAGGAAGAGACUGCAGAAAGGGCAAAAGUACUUUGACUCAGGAGACUACAACAUGGCCAAGGCCAAGAUCAAGAGCAAGACGGCGCCCCCAAUGGCACCCACAGAGAAGGCUGAGAUCACAGGGGACCACAUCCCCACCCCUCAGGACCUGCCCCAUAGAAAACCCUCCCUGGUGGCCAGCAAGCUGGCCGGCUGAUUCCGCUCAGCCUCCAGCUCUCCCCUUCCCUUACUCCAUGUCUCACUUGUUCCAUGUAAUCACUGUUCAACCUUUUUCUGGUUUCUUUUUGUUGUCGUCUUCUUGUCUUACUGUCUCUCACUGUCAUUUGUAUCAUUGUCCAAAUACACUGAAAAUAGCAUCUCACAGUUGGGCAUGGGCUCAGGCCACUCUGUCCCACUAUGCAGAAGAUGUUAUUUAAUGAUGGAUGUGGCCACGGUCUUCUGGCCACAAGUCAAAAGAAACACAAAGGUUCUCUGGAAAGAUAUUCUUGUGCCGUAGUUCUGUAACAUGAAAGUGUACAUAAUCACCUAGUGUCAAAAACAUGGAGGACGUGGAAGAAUCUAGCAUACUGAACUGAGACAAUGUUUGACCUGUCAAUCAUUCAAAACUCCUUUAGGUCCAUCAUGCAACUAGGCAACAUGCUUGAAUGAUUUGUAUGUAUCCCCUGAGAAUGUCCUCCAUGUAAUGUCCUGUGUAUGCUCUUCUUCUUUUUUUUAUUUUUAAUUAAGACAUUUAUGGUUGAUGACAACAAAUGGACUGCACUGCUACUGCUGGAGUCAUGUAUAUGAGAAACCCCAGCUUGCAUGAUUAACGGUUGUGAACGGCCUGCCCUUCGCUGGCCUCUCUGCUUUGGCUCUGGAAAGGCCUUUAACAGCUUUAGUGGCGAUACUAUGUUUGGGCAGUUCUGCUCCAGCCUUCAGAAUACUCCAAAAAUAUGUACAGUUCUACUGGGUUGUUUGCUGAAGGGUUUUACAUCACUUUCAGUGAGGAUCAGUAGUUGGCCCAAAAGACUAAACAGAAAUGGCUGGAAGUAUGCAUGUGCAUUGACAGCAGUCACUUUUGUGCCAUUUUGUUUUGUAAAUAAAAUAGUUUUGCACAAA